GGAGGGGAAAGACUGGGGCUCCGAGGAGGUGGCUCUCCUCCACCCCCGAACCCCCAUAGCAAAAUGCAGGCCCUGUCAUUUCUUCCAGCCAGGCCCUUAGGGUUUGCUUGACUUCAUAUUUCUUAUGAGUUGGGUGACAUUUUGCAGAUGUAGGAAACUGAGGUCCAGAGAGGGAAAGUGACUUGCUCAAGGUCACUCAGCGAUCCAGGAUUAAAGUUUCUUAAAGGAACGGGCCCUAGGAACUGGGAGCCUCCUCUCUGGCAGAAAGUGCCCUCCAUGGAGCCAGAAGGGGCCGUGGCCAACCUAACUUCCCAAGGCCCUGGCCAACUCCAGGAGCCCCCCAUCCUCCCAGCUUUUGGCUCGCAGCCCGAAGACCCUGGCCAGGACAGCUCCGAUGGUUCGGAUACAGUUUUAUUUCACCCGUAUCCGUGUACUCCAGACUCCGGGAGUCCCGACCUAGAUGGGGUCCUCACUGCACCUCAUACAGGCAGUUCCUUGAAGCAUUCUACCACCCUGACCAACCGGCAGAGAGGGAAUGAGAUUUCAGCCCUGCCUGCCACCCUGGACUCUCUGUCCAUCCACCAGCUUGCUGCUCAGGGAGAACUGACCCAGCUGAAAGAAUACCUUCUAAAAGGUGACAACUUGGUGAACAAACCUGAUGAUCGAGGCUUCACCCCACUCAUCUGGGCAUCUGCUUUUGGAGAGAUCGAGACUGUUCGUUUCCUGCUAGAGUGGGGUGCUAAUCCUCAUGUCCUGGCCAAGGAACGAGAGAGUGCCCUCUCACUAGCCAGCACUGGUGGCUACACAGAUAUCGUGGUCAUGCUUCUGGAGCGGAAUGUGGACAUCAACAGCUAUGACUGGAAUGGUGGGACACCGCUGCUCUACGCUGUGAGGGGGAACCAUGUGAAGUGUGUGGAAGCUCUGCUGGCCAGAGGAGCUGACCUAACAACAGAAGCGGAUUCAGGCUACACCCCAAUGGACCUGGCUGUGGCCUUGGGACACAAGAAGGUCCAACAGGUGAUGGAGAACCAUAUCCUUAAGCUUUUUCAGAACAAGCUGCUUCCAGAGACAGAGUGAAAGGCACCAACUCCUGCCUAGGACAUUGUACUUUGGUCCUUUGCCUUCCAUCUGGUGCUCAGGAAGGCCAGUCCACUAAAAAGCCAGUUCUUUAAUACCUAUGCCAGGGAGAACAAUUCCAAGAGGAGGUCUCCCUCUUCCUAUGGCUGAAGGCUAUAUACCUUUCCCUAGCCACCUACAGAGCUUUGGAGGAGACCACAUCCAAGAACUCAAGUGCCCAAUGGUCAUGUUGUCCAGUGGGAUACAAGGGGCAAACCCCAAAUGGAAACAAGGCAGCUUCUCUCCUUCCCAGGACCGGGGGAGGGACUGUGCUACUGGCUAAUGACUUGCCCUGGCUGGAAGCAUGGCUCCCACCCCACUCCACCCAGACAAGCUAGCUCCUCUGCUACCCUAGUAGCAGCCCUACAGGUAGUCCCUCCCUGCCUCCCCCUGAGCCCAUGAAAUGGGAACGGUAAUCAAUAAAACCAGCUGCUACUCCAACAA